AUGGGUGAUGGUUGUCAAGUGAAUAAGGAUUCACAGAUAAGUAAAAAUUUGUUACAUUCUGUAGUAGAAAGUUUUAAGAGCAUAAAAGAAAAUACUGUACAGGAUCAAAUAUUGAUAACGCCAGUUGGUAAGUUGAAAAGUUGUUUAGAACACUGGAAAGCUGCUGGGGCUAAUCAAUACAUUUUAGAUGUAGUAGAACAUGGCUACGAAUUGCCAUUUAGAAAUAUUCCUAGUUCUGUUCGUCUAAAAAAUAACAAAUCGGCCAGAGAUAAUCCAAAAUUUGCAUCAGGUGAGAUUAAAAAUUUACUUUUGAAAGGUUGUGUAACUGAGUUUCAAGAAACACCGUAUAUCGUAAAUCCCCUCACAGUGGCUUAUGGGAAAUCAGGUAAGCCUCGACUCGUGCUAGAUUGUAGACAUAUAAAUCUCGAGCUUUUCAAAUAUAAAUGUUGUUUUGAGGAUCAGUCGGUUGCUAAGCAACUUUUCACAACUGGGGACUAUUUGUUUUCUUUUGAUAUAAGAAGUGCGUAUCAUCAUAUCAUGAUUUUUCAAGAACAUAAAACAUAUUUAUGCUUUUCAUGGGAGUGUGACGGUCAAGCUCACUAUGAUGUUUUUAAUGUGCCUCCUUUCGGAAUUUCAACAGCAGACUUCAUAUUUACUAAGGUUUUGAGAGUAGUUGUGACUAAGUGGAGAUCCCAAGGGUUUAGAACAGUAUUAUUUCUGGAUGAUGGGCUCAGUGGUGAGAGUACGUACACUAGGGCUUUACAGGCAUCUCAGUUUAUGCAUCAAGAUUUGAUUAUGUUUGGGUUUUUGAUAGCAGAAGACAAAUGUCAUUGGGAACCAUGCCAAAGUAUCGUAUGGCUAGGUUAUUUAUGGGAUACAUGCAGGGGUAUCUUUAUGGUCACAGAAGAUCGUAUACAAAAAACAGAAAGGUUGUUGAAAGAAUUCAUGGAAAUGAUAGGAAAAGCCAGGAAAGCUAACAGAAAGAGGCAGAGGCAGAAACAGCAUUUUUGA